AUGGGAUCCUCCGCGAUGGUUCUAGACCCAAAACCCAUCUCCGAACCGCCACCAUCCCUCCCCUCCACAAAAUCCGACUACCUUUACACCGGCGACACAGCCUCCGACGAAGAUGACCUCUACAGUCGCCUCAAAUCCCUCCAGCGACAACUCGAGUUCAUCGACAUCCAAGAAGAGUACGUAAAAGACGAACAGAAGAAUCUCAAACGAGAGCUUCUUCGCGCGCAGGAAGAGGUUAAGAGGAUCCAAUCGGUUCCACUCGUUAUCGGUCAAUUCAUGGAGAUGGUUGAUCAAAACAACGGUAUCGUCGGAUCAACUACUGGAUCUAACUAUUAUGUGAGGAUUCUUAGUACAAUCAACCGUGAGCUUCUUAAGCCUUCUGCUUCCGUUGCGCUUCACCGACAUUCGAAUGCACUUGUUGAUGUUCUUCCGCCGGAGGCUGAUUCCAGUAUCUCCCUCCUUAGCCAGUCUGAGAAGCCUGAUGUUUCUUACAAUGAUAUUGGAGGAUGUGAUAUCCAGAAGCAGGAAAUUCGCGAGGCUGUAGAGUUACCUCUCACACAUCACGAUCUUUACAAACAGAUUGGUAUUGAUCCUCCUCGAGGUGUCUUACUAUAUGGCCCCCCUGGAACUGGUAAAACAAUGCUUGCCAAAGCUGUUGCUAAUCAUACCACUGCCGCUUUCAUUAGGGUUGUGGGUUCUGAGUUUGUGCAGAAGUAUCUUGGCGAGGGCCCAAGGAUGGUUCGUGAUGUCUUUCGUCUCGCAAAAGAGAAUGCCCCUGCAAUUAUAUUUAUCGAUGAGGUUGAUGCGAUUGCUACUGCUAGGUUUGAUGCACAAACUGGAGCAGACAGAGAAGUACAACGUAUUCUGAUGGAACUUUUGAAUCAGAUGGACGGUUUUGACCAGACAGUUAAUGUUAAAGUCAUAAUGGCAACCAAUCGGGCUGACACUUUGGAUCCCGCCCUCUUGCGUCCUGGAAGGCUUGAUCGUAAAAUUGAGUUCCCAUUGCCCGACAGACGCCAAAAGAGGCUUGUAUUUCAGGUAUGCACGGCCAAAAUGAAUUUGAGUGAUGAGGUAGACUUGGAGGAUUAUGUUUCCCGUCCUGACAAAAUUAGUGCUGCUGAGAUAUCUGCUAUUUGUCAAGAAGCGGGAAUGCAUGCUGUUCGUAAGAAUAGAUAUGUCAUACUGCCAAAGGACUUCGAGAAAGGUUAUAGAACCAACGUGAAGAAACCUGAUACUGACUUUGAAUUUUACAAGUGA